CCACCGGCAGUGUCGAUGACGUCACUGGACAGGACAGUGAUGGGAACUCGAGCGAGCGCUGAAGCUGCAGGAAAUCAAGACUGCCUGACAAGCCAAACAAUGAGCAAGACAACAAGUCAACAAAACGAGAAAAUGACAAACCUCCCCCUCUCUCGCUCCGAGGUGUUUGGGGAGCUGAGGAAGGAGCUGCAUGAAGAUGAAGAGUUCCACCAGUCUGAUGCUCACAUCUUCAUCAUCAUGGGAGCAUCGGGGGAUCUGGCUAAGAAGAAAAUCUACCCAACUCUAUGGUGGUUGUUCAGAGACGGCCUCCUCCCUGAGCAGACGUAUUUCGUGGGCUUUGCUCGCUCGGACUUGACCGUUGAUGCCAUUCGUGCUUCAUGCCUGCAAUACCUGAAGGUGACUGAUAAAGACGCAGAGCGGUUGUCCACCUUCUUCAGCAGGAACACAUACAUCAGUGGGAAAUAUACUGAUGAGGGCUCCUUCUCCAAACUCGACACACACAUCCAGUCUCUGCCCGGAGGAGCCGAGGCGAACCGGCUGUUCUACCUGGCGCUGCCUCCCACCGUCUACCACGACGUGACCAAGAACAUCAGGCACUGCUGUAUGAGCAAGAAAGGCUGGAACAGGGUGAUCGUGGAGAAGCCGUUUGGACACGACCUUCAGAGCUCUGAGGAGCUGUCCACCCACCUCUCCUCCCUCUUCACUGAAGAUCAGAUCUACCGCAUCGAUCACUACCUGGGCAAGGAGAUGGUGCAGAACCUCAUGGUGCUCAGGUUUGGAAACCGAAUCUUCGGGCCGAUCUGGAACAGAGACAGCGUGGCCUGUGUGGUUCUCUCCUUUAAAGAACCGUUUGGCACUCAGGGACGCGGAGGGUACUUUGAUGAUUUUGGCAUUAUCCGCGAUGUGAUGCAGAACCAUUUGCUCCAGAUGCUCUGCCUGGUGGCCAUGGAGAAACCAGCCUCCACCAGCUCUGAUGAUGUCAGGGAUGAAAAGGUGAAGGUGCUGAAGUGCAUCACUCCAGUGACCCUGUCGGAUGUGGUGCUGGGUCAGUAUGUGGGGGAUCCAGAGGGGGAGGGAGACAGCAAACUGGGUUACCUUGACGAUCCAACUGUCCCCAAAGGAUCAACUCAGGCCACCUUCACCACCGCCGUGCUGUACGUGCACAACGAACGCUGGGAUGGUGUUCCUUUCAUCUUGCGCUGCGGAAAAGCUCUGAAUGAGAGGAAAGCUGAGGUGCGGCUGCAGUUCACAGAUGUCCCGGGGGAUAUUUUUGGAAAUCAGUGCCGCAGGAAUGAGCUUGUGGUGCGAGUGCAGCCCAACGAGGCCAUCUACGCCAAGAUGAUGAGCAAGAAACCCGGCGUCUACUUCAGCCCUGAGGAAACUGAGCUGGACCUCACCUACAAGAGUAGAUUCAAGGAUGUGAAGCUUCCAGACGCUUACGAGCGGCUCAUCCUGGACGUCUUCUGUGGGAGUCAGAUGCACUUCGUACGCAGUGAUGAACUAAGGGAAGCAUGGAGGAUCUUCACACCUCUUCUUCAUCAGAUAGACAACGAGAAGCCCAAACCUAUUCCUUACAAAUACGGAAGCCGGGGCCCGACGGAAGCAGACGACCUCGCAAAGAAAGUUGGAUUUCGUUAUGAAGGCACCUACAAAUGGGUCAACCCCCACAGACUGUGAGCUGAGCUGAGGGUGAGAGUAGAAGUAGGGUAGUGGGAGGGGUGCAGCAGGGGUAGGGGAGUUGGUCGAGUGCUGGAGUCUGUUGAGGAGAGAGGCGUGAUGUGAUCCUUCACAGCAGCAGGAAGGAGCUUUUAUUUCUCAGGUAUGGCAACUGUUCCUUGGAGUGAGAUGUAUGAAUGUAAGCUGUAUACCACAUUUGGUGGUAGAGUUCUUAUUUUUGUCAUACACAACUUUCCAUAUUUUAUUUAAGAUGUGGGACCAUGUGAGCUGGAGAGAGAGCAAAUAAACUGUUAAAUUGGUGAAGAAAAUAACAGUCUGAUGAACUAGCUCCAUGUCCCCGUCUCCAUUAAUCAGGUCUUAUUUGUCAGGAUGGUAAUUGGAAUAACUGAGCCGAACAACAACAGAACAAUCAGAGUCAUGCUCCCUCAGAUUAAAGCCCUGUACCAAAGAAGGUAACUGAGCAGCGCAGAGACGCACCAACGAUUGUUCACCAGCUGCCGCUCCUAAUCAUCGUGAUUGUAAUACCGUUAUGCUUCCACUGCAGUUAAUAAUCACUCUUACUGGAAUUUCUUUUCACCACCUGCAUACUCUCUCUCUUUGCCUCCUCUUUGAGAUGAAUAGAGUGUGGUUUACUAAAGCUAAUGUAGGCCGUUUCUGUUCAAAGCACUCAUUUUGGAAUAGUCUUAAAUGUCCGUAUGGACAAACAAAAAAUGCUCUGUCUGGGCUUCAUUCCCUUUUGUUUACAUUUUGUUCAGUUUUAUUUAAGUCGCUGAUGAUCAUUCCAUUUUUCAAAAAGUUCUGACAGCAGCGGUGUCCACCACAGAUCAACAGUGAAUGUCUUUGUAAUGACGUACUGAAUACUGCUGUCACACCGGCACACAAGCAUAAUGCUAGCUACAUUUUCACUAUUUGUAAUAAACUUGCUUCUUUGUUCA